AUGGAGGCCGAUGCGCUGGGCGAACUGACCUGCCUCCCAGACGACGCCUUCCCGCCGGCUGUCGCCGAGGCGAGCCCUUCCUUGGCACCAUUAGCGUCGCCAGCCGCGAUGGGUCUGCCGCCGCACAUCGAGAACGCCGACGACAUCCUCUCGGCCCUGCCGUCGCUUGGUCGGCUGCUCGUGACCGACGACGACACGUCGACCGAGACGCGGCAGAACCGGUACCGCAAGCGGCAAAAGGACGAGCGCGACUACCUUCGCGAGCAAGUCGACACGCUCACGUCGCAACUCAACGUCCUUCGCCAGGUCAAGUCGGUCGAGCUCGCGACGAGUUCGACGUGGAAAAAGACUGCCCAGAACCAGCGCACGUACGCGUGCGAAGCCACGAUGGAAAACAAGCGACUCAAGCGCGCGCUCGAGGACCAGCUCAAGCUCGCGACGGCGCUGGAUCAGCUCCUCGUUAAGCGGCCCCGACUCCUCAGCUUUCCGACAAUCGACGUCGUCGACUGGAAGCUGCGCAAGAUGCCGUUCGACCCAAAGGCACGGGAAGCGACGUUUAACGCGAUGAUGGACCAUGCGUACAGCCAAGUCGACUCGAUUUUGCUUCGGAAAGGGCUUCUCGACGCGCCGGAUGGUCACAAUUCGAUUGCGCUCGAGACCAACGAGACCGAUGAUUCGAUCGUUCUCGACGUGCAGAGCGUGAGUAUUCUGAACAUGGACUUUGUGGCAAGCGCCGACAAGUACUGGUCGCUCUGGUGCGAAGCCAGCGACCGCGGCAGCAUUCCCUUCAUCAACAUCCAGAUUCUCGAGAGGUAUGGCGACGACGCAGCGUACGUGCAAGACGUCGGAUACCUCAGCAAUGGAUCGCCGUACCUCUUUAUGCUCUGCGGCAUGAAGCGGGUUGUCGAGAAGGACCGCGUCGUGAUUGUUAUGCGCACGUUCCUUGAAGAUGCACUGCACCCGCCGCCGCCAGGGCUCUACAUUGGCAACCACACGGCCGUAUUUGUGGUCGAGCGACUACCGGACGGAAAAUGCUGUCGCCGCAUGUGCAUGCUCGGGCAGCUCCCAAUUCAGCCACCUGGAGACAGCCCGCUGUCCAAGCACCCACCGCUCAUGGUGUGCGACUACAUCCUCAAGCACACAACGCAGACGUCGCAUUUGAUUCAGGAUAUUUUAGAGUAA